AUGGGAGGGCAAACGGAUGGGGGUCAUGUCAUCACAUACGCCAUGGAAUUGCGCUUCCUGGUGAGGGUUAUAUUGGGAAGUAAAUGGAAAAAAUUGUCGGGGAUGUUGAGGAUAUUUGGGGUUUUGGUGCGGUAAAAUAGGAUUAAAGUGAGUGAAAAUGGUGUAGAAUAAGGUUGUAACUUCUUAAAAAAAUUUUUGUCAUCGUUAAAAAAAUUUUUUGCACGGUGCAAAAACGUAGGCUUUUUUCAAUUAGAAAAUUGCACUGUGCGAAAACACAGGCUUUUUUACGUUAGAAAACUGCACGGUGCGAAAGCGUAGGCUACCUUCAACUAAGAAUUUGCACUGUGCAAAAGGUGCCAAGAAAACAAAAAAUUCUUUUUAUCAUCAUUAAAAAAUUUUUUGCACUGUGCAAAAAUAUAGGCUUUUUUCAAUUAGAAAAUUGCACUGUGCGAAAACAUAGGCUUUUUUCAACUAAGAAUUUGCACUGUGCAAAAAUUUAGGCUUUUUCGGGUUAUAUUUUCAUUUUUUUAAUGGUGACGGGGUAAAAUAUGACUGGCAAAAUUUGUCCAAGAGAAAUAAAUAAAUUUUUUGAUAUUAAAAAAUUUUUGCACAGUGCAAAAAUUUAGGCUUUUUUCAACUAGAAAACUGCACUGUGCAAAAGCGUAGGCUUUCUUCAACUAAGAAUUUGCACUGUGCAAAAAUUCAGGCUUUUUUGAACUACGAAAUUGCACUGUGCAAAAAAUCGUUACAAAAUAAAAAAAUUUUUUUUUUAUUUUUUAUUUUUUUUUUUUUGAUUUUUUUGCUAUAAAAUUUUCGAUUUUCCGCGAUAUUUACUAAUUUCAUCAUUCAAAUUUUCCCGAAACCCAAAAUUUCCAUCUAAUUUUCUAAACAUUUCAGUCCUUUCGAACUUGCGCAUUGCCGCCGCCUCCCUCAAGAUAACGUUGAAGCGUCUAGUGCAGCUGUUCGAGCCGCUGUUGCCCCGCAAAAUGCCCACCACCGACCCCAACGAGUGCACGAUUACCGCCAGCAAGAACAAGCUGGCCAACAUCAUUGUGUACGGCCAGCUGAAGACCAACGAGCUGGUCAAGGAGCUGGGCGGACAGUUGCCCAACAACGCCAAGCAGCUGGCCAGAGAGCUGAUUGCGGCCGCCGCGAGGACGUUGCGGCCGGAUACGACCACCGAAUUGGUCCGUGACAUCCUGCAUUACCGGUCGAGGAAGGUCCGAUGUCUUUAUAAGGAGUAUAAAAGGUAGGAGGGAAAGUUUUGCGAAAAAAAUUUUUUUGGUGUGGAAAAAAGUUUAAAAAUACUUUUAAAUUUCUCACUGUCCAAACAGUUUUUUGGGUGUUUUAUUUUUUUUCAAUUUUGCACAGUGCAGUUUUCUAAUCGAAUUUUUUUUUGCACUGUGCAAUUUUGUAAUUGAAAAAAGCCUAUGUUUUUGCACUGUGCAAGUUCAUAGUUUAAAAAAGCCUAAAUUUUUGCACAGUGCAGUUUUCUAAUCCAAAAUUUUUUUCACAGUGCAGUUUUAUAAUUCAAAAAAGCCUAAAUUUUCGCACAGUGCAAUUUCAUAGUUGAAAAAAGCCUAUAUUUUUGCACAGUGCAGUUUUUUAGUUUAAAAACCCCUAUACUUUUGCACAGUGCAGUUUUAUAAUUCAAAAAACCCUACAUUUUUGCACAGUGCAAUUCUUUGUUAAAAAAGCCCAAAAAAAAUUUUUUUUGCACACUCCAAAUUUUUGAAGGAAUCAUCUAUUUUUACGAUCUCUCUUCAGUGGAAAAUGCGGUGAGCUUUCGCUGGAACAGCGCCUGAUCGAGUGCGAGAAGGCGCUGCUGAACACGUUGGAGCCGGACGCGAACGUCCACAACGACUUUAUGCGCGCGCCGGACAUCCAUCCAAACGUGCUGGAGGUCCUGAGCCACAUGCACGACUACAUUGUGGACGCGGGCUUCCGGCAGGCGGUCAUGUCGUCGUUGCCGGCGCAACCGCUGGAACGGAGCGAUAUCAAGUCGGAAAAGUCGGAGGAUGGGCAUGAUAACAAGGACGCGGAGAGUGAUGGCGACUCAGUUCGUAGGUUUUUGAUGUCUGGUUUGGAGUUGGCUACUAAAUUUUGCGGUUCGCGCCGGGUUUGGGGUAAAAAAAAUAUUUGAAAGUGAGCUUUGACCAAAAAUGAUGACUAAAAUAAGAUGCCCAUAUCUCAGCUGAGAUUGUAGCUGAUGACCUGCUAUUUACAGCAAAUAUUUAUCAAUGCAUAUAGUAGUUAUUUUCGGGAUAUUAAGCUUUUCCUCUUAUUUUUGUUUGAGAUACACCUCAAUAUUAUCCAUGACCUAUUAAUGCGAAAAUUUUUAUUUUUUUUUGCUAAAAACGAAGUAAUGUCCGUAUUUUUAGGCAAUGUAAAAGGCUUGACAUUAUUCUCAAUUUGGCGUUACUAAAUUUUGCGGUUCGCGCCGGGUUUGGGGUAAAAAAAUUAUUUGAAUAGAACUAUGACCAAAAAUGAUGACUAAAAUAAGAUACUGAUAUCUCAGCCGGGAUUGCAGCCGAGGACCUGCUAUUUAUAGCAAACAUUUAUCUACUUAUAAGGUAGUUAUGUCCGAAAUAUUAAGGUUUUCCUCUUAUUUUUGUUUGAGAUACACCUCAAUAUUAUCCAUGACAUAUUAAUGUAAAAAUUUUUAUUUUUUUUGCUAAAAUUGAAGCAAUAUCCGUAUUUUAGGAAAUGUAAAAUGCUUGCCAUUAUUCUCAAUGGCCUACUGUAUCUUUUUGCAUCAAAAACUUUUUUGGGAAAACCAAAAAAUAAGGUUUUUUCACCUAAAAAAACAUUUUUUCCCGAAAAACCCACUUUUUCCAACAAUCCGCAAAUUUUUUGGCCAUCUACUAUAAAAUUCAUGUCGUAAAUCGAAUAAAAAUCCUUUUUUGGUCCCACACUCGAAGUUUUUUAUACACUUUUAUCGUCUCUUUGACGUCUUUUUGGAUAUUCUUCGCAUCUUCUGCAUGCUCGUCGAGCGCUCAGCAUCUUGUUGACGCCGCCGCAGUUUGGAGGAAUUCCUUUUUCGUCACGCGGCGACGUCAUGCCGGCCUGUUUUCGGGGUCUAAAUUUGGGCCGCCCUUCCGGGGGAAUUUCGGGGCCCUUUGACGUGCCCCCUUUUCGCGAACGGAAUUAAAAUGCUAAUAAAAUCAACACGUUGCAAAACGUACGUCAAAGGCUUGGGGGUGGGAGGUCGCGAGCCCGUGCAACCACAACCAUCAGCAUUGUGGUUUGAGGCGAGCGCGUUUCAGCGGGUUUUUUAUGUUAUACUUGAUAUCUGUGUUGAGUGGGGGUGGAAGAUUGGGUCGGGGUGGGUUUUGAUGUACUUAAUAGGUGAAGCAAUGUGUUUGUAGAUGAUUCUAAGACAUCUUGGCUUAUUUUACAAUCAAAAUCAGCCAUGAUAAAAUUCACUUUUACUUUUUUUUGAGGAAAAACUUUUUUUGAUGACUUGAUGUCAUGGAUAAGGUAAAAAAUGGCAAAAAUAGAUGUUUAUGUACUUAGUAGAAGAAGUAACGCAUUUAUAGGUGAUUCUAAGACAUCUUGGUUUAUUUUACAAUCAAAAUUAACCACGGUAAAAAUCAGUUUUACCUUUUUUUUGAGGAAAAACUUUUUUUUGAUGACUUGAUGUCAUGGAUAAGGUCGGAUGUGCCUAAUUAUGCAUUAUAUAGGUCAAUUAAAUCGUGCGUAGGCGAUCUUCAUGCUCUUUGCUUAAUAUAUGCGUCAAAAAUCCAUGGUAAAAAUCGAUUAUUUACUGUUCUUUGAGGCAAAACUUUUUUUGAUGACUUGAUGUCAUGGAUAAGAUAAAAAAUAUCAAAAAUAAGGUUCAACGACCAUCAAUUGCUGUAUCCAAUUAUUUUUCAAGCCUUCUAGAUUACUCCCACACUGUUUGCAAAAUAUUUCCCAACGUUACAACAUCGUAAAAUCCCUAUUUUCUCUUUUCCUCCAGCAUUUUGUUGUCCUCGCCCAAAAUACCCGCAGAUUCUUUGUAAGCGGGGUGUAAUUAUGUUUGGGGAUGGCUUCUUGGCCCACAUUCUUCUUCAACAAGUCCUAUUUUUGGGCGCUCUUCGCCUCAACGACCUUGUUUUCCGCCUCCACAAAAUUUCUCGAAAAUAUGUUUCGUGGGGGGAAACUGUCGCUUUUGUAACCGUAAUCCGCAAUUGGCCACCAAAUUUUUGUACUCUUUAGAGUCAAAAUUUUGUAAAGAGUCUGUCAAUUUCAUUGUUAUGGGCUAUUUCGGAAUGGGCGACAUUUUAUACGAUGAGUUUUGAAGUUGGCGAAAAAAUUUGGUUUUUUCGAAAUUCUGGACGUAUUUUAGCUAAUGUCGUUUGGAAAAAAGGCUUGGAAAAUCUCUUAUACCAUUUGUCACACAGUAAAAAUCAUAAUUUUACGUUUUUUACCCAUUGGAUUACUGUAAUUUAUAAUUUUCUUCCAAAAAAUAUUCUCCCCAAAAAACAUAUUUCCCAAAAUCCGCACGGAAUGACAUCAACCGCAGCGGAAGAUGGGAGAAAAAUGUUUCGAAAAAUUGGAGCGAAUGGCGCCAGUUCCUUUUCCGCGCCCCCCGUCCGGCCGCCGACGAGGAGCGGCCGGCCCACCCGAAAAUAGAGCGGGUUUUGUGUCGGGAAACGCUGUUUUUUGGGCGGUCGGGCGGAUGUGUUCGGAAGAGCUGGCCACGCUGAGGGAUGCACUAGCUAUUGGUUUUUGAAUUUUCGAGUUUAGUGCCGGGUUUUCGCGCUGAGACCGAAAAUUUCGAGGAAAUUUUAGGGAAUUCGAGAAAUUCGAGGGAUUAUUCAAAUUUUUUUAGGGAUUUUUGAGUUUCUCGAGGAUCCUAGAGUCAUACAUUGUUGAUUGAUUUAAGUCUUGGAGCUUUGACAAGCGUAUUUUACAAUUUUUUUCGAGAUUUUUUUCUUUCACCACAUCUGAUAUAUAAACCAAUAUAAAAUGGCUCCAAAAGCUAUGAUACCCAAAUUUUGACGCAUGAAGAUUAAUAUUUCUGACAUUUUUAAGUCUCUGAAAUGUUAAUAAACCUGGUAGGUACACUAGAACUCUCGUAUUUUACCAUUCUUUCGACCUCAAACACAAAGCCCAGCUUUUUUGAAAAUUUCCGUCAAAAUUGGUUUUUAUGCAAAUUUUUGGCCAUUUUCGCAAAUCUUAUCGUAUUAAAAUUACAGAGGAGAUAUUUUUACACUAUAUACGACACAUUAAUUUUAUAUUUUACCCUUUUCCGGCGCGAGAUAACCAUUUUUUUGUAAUUUAGUCAUCAGAUGGGUCAUGUACAAGAUCUUGCUAUAUCUUCCGCAAUUUCCGCGCUAAUCAAAAAACUUUUCGCCCAACAUACGUCCUACUGUCUCUGUUAUCACCGACAAAACGCACUUCCCAAACCUUUGGCCGGAACCCCCAUUUCCGCGCCCAAUUUUCCGCAUGUCCUCGGCGAAAGUUUGGGGCGUAUUUUAAUUACCGCCGCUUGCAAAACACGUGCACUUUCGUGUGUGUGGGGCGCCGGGUGAGGAAAUAAAAAGCGAAAAAACACACUUUGCAUUCUUUUCCGACAAAAAUUUUUCUUUGAAAGAAACGAAAAAAAAAAUUUUUUUUAAGAAAUUCUCUUCCUUUUCGUUCAAUCGGGGCCCGGAGGGGAAAGAAAAGAGAAUUGGGUGGUGUGGGGGGAGAAUUCGCCGCUCUCCGGCGUCUUUUCUUUUCGCAAUAGACCGGAGGGGCUCCUUUAAAAAACACUACGAAAACGAGGCCACCGCCCUGCAGCCCUUCUCGCGGGAAAUCGCCCCGAAUUUCGGUGGGAAUUGCGGCUGCAAAUGACCUUAACUAUAAGUUGGUCGGCUGCCCCGUGCCAUAAACUUUGUUUUCGCCCCCAUUUCGCAAGAAUUCGGCGGGUUUUGUCUGUUUUUUUGGUGAAUUUUGGGGGUUUUUCGGGGAAAAUGGGUAAAACAAUAUGAAUUUGGGGCUUUAAAAUUAUUUUUUAGGGCUUUAGAAGACUUGUUAGGCCUGUAAAAGACUUGUUACGAAAAUAUUUUUUGUUUCAGAAUCGCACAGUGCAAAAACGUGGGCUUUUUUCAACUAAAAAUUUGCACAGUGCGAAAUCGUAGGCUUUUUUCAACUACAGGGUGGGUCAAAAAAAAUGGACAUAAAUUUUUCUUCGAUUUUUCCUGCCAUGAAACAGUUUGUGAAAAAAGGUAUAUACGGCAUGAAAGUACUGUGUUAAAGGAACAUAGUUACUGUAGAACUUUUGUCCUAUCUGCAAAAGUUUCUAACAUACGGUUGCAGGAAAGUCACCGGGUCAGCGCGCCAAUUCCCGCGGCAAAAUUUCAAAAGAUCUUGCUCCUAAAUUUUUUAGAGCCGCCAUAAAGACAUACCAAGCGGUCUAAGCAAAUCUAGGAGACCUGUCCCCUUAGACUUUAAAAGGAUUUAACCCAAGCUUUUCGGAAAAUGAAGAACCAGUGACCAGAAGUUAGACACUCGGGCAGGGAAAAUCGACCUUCAUAUGGGCUCUUUCGGAAAAAACGACGCUCUUCCAAACGUGGUGAACAUUUUGAAACUAGUUACCCCCAUACGGUGUUUACUACUAUAUGAUGAAUAUACUAAGCGCAUUUUUGACAAUAGUACCACUCACUCAGCAAGAUGGCAAGCAAAAAAUCGAUUUUUUUGACUUUUUGAUGGGUCAUCGCAAUAAUACAUGGAUUCUGAAGGCUAGCUGCAUCCUCAUUUUAUGAAACUGACUUAAAAUGGAAGAAAGGGGUCGUAUCACCUUGAUAUAAAAGUAUCCCGUCAUAGUUAUCCGGCACGUUGAAAAACGCCAACAAAAAAGAAAAAAUUUUCUGGUCAAAAAAUAUCAGCGUCUCUGGGUAUAGCCGGCUGAAAUUUUUUAAGGUCUGCGCACGGCUGAUGCAAGCUAUUAUCAAAUCAACUGCUGGCCCAUGUAAAGCAAUGUUUGAUGUCUUACAGUGACCACUUUUUGCCAUCAAUAGCAUGAGCCGGGCUCCCCUGCGACUCUUGAAUGUCAAUUAUCUCAAAAAUCUAGAAUUAUCUAGAUGGACCUCUUGUGGAUCACGUUGAGAACUGCUGGGGCGAAAUUAAUAGAAUACUAUCAGCUUUUUUGCUUCUGUGGGCUCCCCUUAGUGUCAUGAUAAACAGUCAACCACCAGUUUUGGGCUGGUCGUAGAGAUUCAGGUCAUUGAAGAUUUUUGGACUCAAAAAAUUUUCGGAAAACGUAGUCAGAAUAUGGACUGGUCGAGCAUUUUGGCUUGUAUCAGCGGUUCAACAAAAGUAUAUAAAAAAUUUAAAUAGUUGUGAUAAAGUAGGAUUGUUCACAAUUCUAAAACUAUUUUACUUUCCGUUGAUUACGGUAUUCGUGCCGGGAUACACCGACUUGUAAUUUUGUCCAUUUUUUUUGGCCCACCCUGUACAAAAUUGCACUGUGCAAAAAUCUUUUUUUUACCAUCGGAAUUUAUCCCUUAUCCUCGGUUUUACAGCCGUUACAGGGCAUUUACAAUCCAUUUCACAUCCGUUUUCACUCUGUUUUUUCAAUUUCUAAUUGAUUUUUCCCGAUUUUUCUGCAUUUUUCACCAAAAAAUGGCAAAAACAAGAAAAAUCUGAUGUUUUUUUAAAAGUAGACAGGUUUUUUACAGUAUUUUAUGAAUUUACAUAGCAUUUAAGAUUAAUUUCAUAUUAGUGUCUCUUCAAAAUCGUCUAUUUUCAUUUGAUUUUUGAUGAUUUUUGGGCAAGAAACCCUAAAUUACGGCAAAAUAAAUCAUUUUUUAUAGAAAUUAACUAACUUCUGCGUAUUUUACCACUCUAUAAGGCGUUAUCAAUCAUUUUCACAUUGAGUUUUACCGGAUUUAGCUAUCUUUGCAAGAUUUUUUAAAAUUAAAAAAAAAUUUUUUUGACAAAUUUUUUGAUUUUUUUACUUUUUUGGCACUGAAAAAAGAUGUAAAAUACGCCCCUCGACUCACUGUGAAUUAAAGCAAAAUUUCCCAUCUUUUUAUUCAAUUUAAACCCAAAAGUUUUAUAAAAUUCCAUAAAUUAUUCCGAAUUGGGCCCAUUUUUUGAAUUUUUUAUCCGCCCCAGGCGGUAUAUGAACUCUUAUUUCUUGCCGUUCUAAUUUUAGACUCUCCAGGUUUAUUUCGCCAAAUGUCUUUGGUAUUUACGGCGCCGGAGGGCGUGAGCCCGCAGGGAAAUUUGGAGAAUUGGCCUAUUAUAAUAUAUUAGGUCAUUUGACGGGGUCCGCGGAGGUUUGGGGGUGGGAAAUGUGGACUGAGGAUAUUGAAUUUCCCAAAUUUUGUUGUGGAAUAUUUAAAUUUUUAGUUUUUUUUUUGAAAAAAUUUUUUGAAUUUUUUAUUUUUUUUUUUAUAAUUUCUUUAUUUUUAGGGGGAAAAUUAGAAAAAAAAUUGUGUGUAUGUAUUUCUGAUGCUCGUUGAAAAAAUACAGUCUUUCUUUGGCUAAAAAAACAUUGCAUUUGACUCUUCGGAAAAAAAAAUUUUUUUGCACAGUGCAAAAAUGUAGGCUUUUUUCAACUACGAAAUUGCACUGUGCAAAAUUGUAGGCUUUUUUCAACGAGAAAAUUGCACUGUGCAAAGAAGAAAGAGCAAAAAUUUUUUUUGUAAAAUACGAAUUAGCUCUCUUUUUUUUGAUUUUUUAGACAUUAUCUAAGUUUUUUUUCAACUUUUUAAAAUCUGCACUGUGCAAAAUUAUAGGCUUUUUUCUACUAAAAUCUGCACAGUGCAAAAACACAAGCUUUUUUCAACUAAAAAAUUGCACCGUGCAAAAACAUAGGCUUUUUUCAACUAAAAAUCUGCACAGUGCAAAAACACAAGCUUUUUUCAACUAAAAAAUUGCACUGUGCAAAAAUUUAAAAAAAAAAAUUUUUUGAUUUUACAUUGAACUUUUCCAAUUUUUCGAUUCAUUAUAAAGUGCACGUUGAAAACCAUCGUAUUUUACCUCAUCCCUCCACUUUUCAGACGCCUCUUCCUCCUCGUACGAAGACCAAGCGCCGGCCACCGUUUCCUCGGCCACCAACUCCACCACUUCGGCCAUCGACACGCACACGUUCGCGCAGUCGCUGCACACGCCGCUUUGCGCCGAGGCGUUGAUGAGCAGUCAGCCGAUGGUGCGCGAGACGCCGGCCCCAUCGCGCGAACCCAAGAUCAACGGACUGUCCAACGGCACGAACGGCCUGACGACGGCCGCCAGCCGCAAGAGGAAGCAUGAGGAGAGUCAGUUGGAGCUGAUCGAGAUGAAGAAGGACCUGCUCAGAGUGAGUUUUGGGGGGCGGGAGGGGUUUGAGAGUGGCUCCCUGAUAGUCAGGGUUUUCGUGGUGGGACCCAAAAAAUUUGUUGAUAUUUGAAAUUCAUGAGCUUGAAGUGCUUAAAGUCGUUAUGGAAGUGAUAAAAAAGUGUUUUGGAGAGUUUUGAUGACUUUCCCUGAUCUUCAGGGUUUUCGUGGUGGGACCCAAAAAAUUACCGAUUUUUGAAAUUUAUGGACUUGUAGUCUUCAACAAGCUUAUAGAAGUGAUAAAAAGCGUUUUAGAAAGUUUUGAUGACUUUCCCUGAUCUUCAGGGUUUUCGUGGUGGGACCCAAAAAAGUUGCUGAUAUUUGAAAUUUAUGGGCUUGAAAUGCUUAAAGUUGUUAUAGAAGUGAAAAAAAAGUUUUUUAGAAGAUUUUGAUGACUUUCCCUGAUCUUCAGGGUUUUCGUGGUGGGACCCAAAAAAUUUAUUGAAAUUUGAAAUUUAUGGGCUUGUAAUCUCCAACGACCUUAUUGAAGAGAAAAAAAAGCGUUUUAGAGAGUUUUGAUGACUUUCCCUGAUCUUCAGGGGUUUCGUGGUGGGACCUAAAAAAGUUGUUGAUAUUUGAAAUUUAUGACUUUCUAAGCUCCUAUGACCUUAUGAAGGGAUCAAACGGCGUUUUUUAAGAUUUUGAGGACGUUUCCUGAGGAUCAGGGUUUUCGUGGUGGGACCCAAAAAAUUGCCGAGAAGUGAAAUUUCUGGGCUUAUGACCUCCAAUGACCUUAAAUAAAGCAUACAAAACGUUUUAGAAAGUUUUGAUGACUUUCCCUGAUCUUCAGGGUUUUCGUGGUGGGACCCAAAAAAGUUGUUGAUAUUUGAAAUUUAUGACUUUCUAACCUCCUAUGACCUUAUGAAGGGAUCAAACGGCGUUUUUUAAGAUUUUGAGGACGUUUCCUGAGGAUCAGGGUUUUCGUGGUGGGACCAAAAAUUUUUAUUUUUUUUUUGAUUUUUGCCUAUUAUUCGACCGAACCCACUUUAAAAUAGCAAUAUAAAUUUUAAAAAAUUCAAUCAAGCCUAUUUUGCCAAGUUUACAAAAAAAUUUUUCGUCGAUUAAGACACAUAAUUUCAUCGUAUAAAAUGUCCAUUUUCCAUUAAAUCUCAAAAAUCUAAUUCCAAAUCCUUUCAGCUGCAACAAGCCGCCUUCGAGAAGCAGAUCCAGAUGUUCGACGAGAUGGUGGGAACGCUACGCGAGAUGCGCCGGCUUCUCGAGUACCAGAAGCCGGUGGCGCCAUUGCAACUGUCCGCUCUCGCCAAUCCGCCCACCACGUCGGCCACGUCGCCGCUGCUGGGCCGCGACCAGAGUGGGCUGCACCACCUGGCCGCCUCCUACCCGCUGCUCAGCCAGCUGCCGCAGAGCGUGGUGAACUCGCUGGCGUUCCUGCAGGCUCAAAGUAAUGGGACACAACCUCAAAUCUUGUAA